AUGUAAAUGCUUUAAAUGUUCUAAUUUUAUAUAUAUGAUGAAUGUAAUCGAUAUAAAUUUUAGUAUAGGAUAAUAGGCAUCUUAUAGUAUUAGAUUUAAGAUGUUCCGAUAAAUGUGUUCAAUUAUCAAUACGAGGAAGUCUUUGUCUGCAAUAGAAUAACAAUGUAGAUCGAUGAAAUCUUAAGGGUUAUGGAUAGAUUUAAUUCAAUCAAUAAUAUGGAAAGAAUAGUUAUUGUUGACGAUGACAUUUAAGUUGUAUUACAAAAAAUCAAACAAAUUGAAAAUCUAAUAAAUAAUAAUAAGCUUAAAAAUCUCAAGAUUUUUUACUUGCAAGAAACAGUUGAGGAGUUUUUAUUAUAAUAUCCUAUUUUUGUAUUUAAAGUCUAAAAUCAAUUAAAUAUUUAAGAUACCAUAUUACCUUAAUUUCCAUAAUAACUAAUAAAAAACAAAAUACUUUUGGGCAAUAGUGAAAAUUCCCGUUCUAAAAGUUAACUUCAAGUAUUAGUUAUUAAAACCAUGAUUGAUUUCAACUUUUAUAGCAAUACAGAAAAUUAAUAAUCAAUUCAAGAUGAGAUUAUGUAUGUAAAUUAGCCUAUAGAAAUAAAUGGAACCUAAACUCUAAAUAUAAGAACUGUAGUUUAAACUAUAAAUAAAUCUCCAUAACCAGUGAUGUUAUGCUGUUAAGAUAGUCAUUCAAUAACCAUCGUUGUGGCUAUUGGAUACUUAAUGAGUAUCCAAAAUUUGCAUGUCCUUUAUGCAUCAUUAAAAGUAUUUUAACUGAGAGGCAACACGAUAGUGGAUAAGAAUUUUUACAAUUAAUUGUUGCUUUACAACUCUCGAGUUCUCAACAAUAAACGAAUUCAAGUAAAAUAAUGA